GUUGAAAAUGUCUUGAGUAUAUAAGUCUGCUAUCGCUCCCACCAUAGAAAGAGACAGAAACUAGUUGAUACGACUCUCACUGCAGCAAAGAUCUUGCACCGAAGACAUUUUGCUGACAUAUUCACCCUACCAUACCAACGCCGUAAACACAUACACACACGGCGAUUUGAUAAGCAAAUCAUACACUAGCACCUGUCGUUCUUGGUCCCCAUUCAUAUAUUAAGGUCUUGCUCCUCCAUCGAAGAAUUUGAUAUCCCAUUCAUUUGGCUUCUUGUCAAAAGACACUUUCAAAACAUAUAAAGUCUCUCAUCGACCCAAAUUUCGAUAUCAAAUUACACUCACAAGUUAUUCAAACAACUUCAAACAACUUCAAACAACUUCAAACAAAACUCAAAAACUUCUAUCAACUUCCACUUCGACUCUUUGGUCACAGCCAGAUACAAGAUGGAUCUACAAAGUUGGAUUGCAAAAUUUGGCAAAGCUGGUAGAAAAUUCAAUGCCGAACGCGAGGUUGAAGAGAACAUUUUUCGGGAGAGGAACAGGGAGCAAUAUGUUGCACACCUUCUUGCUUCGAAUCAAAUCGAGGCUCCCAAACAACCCGAAGCAUCCAAACAGGAUGACAUUCAACAACUGAGGUCUCUACUGCCAUUGCAUCAAGACCCAGCUCAGAACUUCGAGCGUCUUUCAGUAGUUCUCAUGUUCCGCACUCGCUUCUCCACGCUGACACGCAGGCAACAAAACAGCUACAGCUGGGGAUUAGAAAGUUUGCCUCUGCUUGAAAUGUUCGGAAGAGAAUUCUUGAAGAACAUUUGCAAGCUGUAUGGAGUUGACCUUGGUAGACUGCAGCAUAUUGUCAAUGAACUGUGGAUGGAUAAGAUUUUCUCGCCAUCAUUGAGCCUGAUGAGUGAUCUUCAGAAGUUCACAGACGAGGAUCUGGUGAGCGAUUGGUUUAGAACGGCUAUUGGGUUGCCGAUUCUCAAUAAGGACGGGCUCAUAUCUACAACUCAAAGCAGCUCUUCGAAAUCGCCCAGUACUAAUGAGUGUCUCCCUGAAUCACGGGGAGAAACCAAUCAAUCUCCCAAGGCCGCGGCCCCAAAGCCAAACCGUCCAUCAAACGUCGCGCAACCUACAGUUGGCAGUCGUACACCACGUCCUACGAAAAGUCUUUACAUGACUAUGAUUUCCUCAACUUCCAAGCAUGGAGGAAAGAGCAACGUUUACAACCCAUCGGCUCUCCGUCGACCAAAGGGCGCACCUGCUCCAAUCCAGAACCACAAGGCUGCACAACCAACAAAUGCCGGUUCGAGAUUCAUUUCUGUGCCCAAGCUCAAGGAUUUCACCACAGGCCGUCGUUACUCUACAUCUGACACACCUCCCAAUGGUGAAUGGAAGAGCCUUUACCAGUCUCAAUGUACACAGCCCAAACCUAGAUCAAGGUCAUAUUCUGAGGGUCAUAGUAGUUCACGGAACGGCGCCCCAAAUCACUCCCUUUCUGCGCCUGAGAUUCGUCAAUACGUGCCAUAUGAGAGUCUCCGUAAGCAGAAACCCGAACAAAAGACUCCAGAUAUUUGGGCUGGAGCCAGAACCGUCUCAGCUAGCAAUGAAACUCCAAAUGCUAUGCUUGACACUCCUUCAAUCGUUGCUCCUAAUCCAGUUUACGAUGAAGAUUCCAUGGAAAUCGACGAUCCUGUCUCUCCAUGCAUGACAAACACCUCACCUGCCCCCAUUCAAAUCCCGACAGAAUUAACCAAUGAUACUUCUGGUUACUUCGACGAUGGAGACGCAAUGGAUCUUGAUGAUGAAAUGGAGGUUGACAUUCCAUUGUCCGAGCGCCAACGAAGAACUUCCCUGACUCGACAUCAAAAGUUGUUGAAAUCAGCAAGCAGGGCAUCCGAGACCGGGUCUGUAGCUACAUCUCCCAGCAGUAGCAGACGAAGCCCCAUUAGUAACAACUCACCGUCUACUUCUGAUGUUAUGAAUGCAAUGAAGAUCAAUCAUUCAAAAGUAGUAAGAAGUCUACGCAAAGCUCGUCGCUCACCGCCGUCUCCACAAGAUGCUGUGACAAAAUGGGAGGAUUUGAAUACUCGCAAGCUUUAGAGUAUUGGUGUUUUGGGAACAGGCUAUCGAAAUAAGCUCAGAUAGCUCUGAGGGAGGAAUCAGGGUCGGAUUUGGAGGGAAAAUUGUAGUAGGUGAGGUAAAAAAAAAAAAAAAGAAUGAAAAGGGUCGAGAUGGGGAACUAGGAAGAGCAUUUUGAAGGACAAGGGCGAAUAAGCUUUGAGAAUCCCCGCUGCUGAGAUUGACUGCAUAUGGCUGGGAAAUGAUUUAUCGGAUGAGAUGAAUAUUUUUUAUCAAAAUUUGAUUCGGGAAAAAGAAGGGUUGAAUAGGCAGGAAUAUGGGGUGAUGGA